AUGGACUGUCUGUUCGGCCUUGUGGGAGACGGCUUCGCACUGGUUGUUGCGGACACGUCAGCAAACCAGUCGAUCGUGAUUAAGAAAACGGAUGAGGAUAAGAUCAUGAUUCUCGACGAGACGAAAUUGCUUGCCACGUCAGGCGAGGCAGGCGACAGGGUGCAAUUCUCGGAGCUGAUUCAGAAGAACAUUCACCUGUACGCCUUCCGCAACAGCAUCUCGCUCUCCACCUCCGCUGCUGCCAACUUCACUCGCCUCGAGCUCGCCACUGCUCUGCGCUCACGGGGUUCAUACCAAACCAACAUGCUGAUGGCGGGAUUCGAUGAGGGAGUGGGACCAUCUCUCUACUACCUUGACUACCUCGCCACGCUGCACAAAGUGAAGCACACUGCCAUCGGCUACUGCGCCUACUUUGUGCUCUCCAUCUUUGACAAGUACUACAAGGACAACAUGUCCCUGGACGAGGCGCUAGAGGUGGUGGACCGCUGCAUUGCAGAGGUGCGCCUGCGCCUGCUCGUCUCCCCGCCCAACUUCCUCGUCAAGAUUGUCGACAAGGACGGAGCCAGGGAGCUGCUGUGGAGGAGAACGGUGCCCCCGCCUCCUGGGCCUGAGACGGCUGCAGCUGCGGGUGGUAGUACUGCUGCUGGGGGUGCUGUAGAAACAGGGGACAUCAUUCGUAAGCGGAUCAAGCAAAUUAAGAUGGUGGAGGUGGAGCGUAAGGAGUAUGCAUGUGACUUGGUGACAGAAGUGGACAAGGAGUGCGAGCAAUACAUCACAAGCAUUGUCAAUGCCACGUUCCCGCUGCAUCGCAUCAUAGGCGAGGAGACAGCCACAGAGGAGGACAUGGCGUGGCUGGAGCAGGGAGCCAACCCUGCUGCUGCUCCCGGUGGCGAUGGCAGUGCCGCUGCUGCUGCUAUGAACGAGUGGGUGUGGAUCGUCGACCCUAUCGACGGCACACUCAACUUUGUGGGGGAGAUCCCUAUGUGCGCCGUGUCGCUGGGUGUGGCCCGGCAGGGCCGCCUGGAGGUGGGAGUGGUGUACAACCCCUUUAAUAACGAGCUCUUCAGCUGCCGCCGAGGGGAAGGUGCAUAUUUGAAUGGCAACCGCAUUGCUAUUCCAAACGAGCCAACAGAAAUUGGUGAUGCUGCCGUUGCUGUGGGCUUCCCAUCCAAUCCAGAGCAGCGGCAGCGAAUGAUAGAGGCAGUGGCAGCAGUGGCACCACACGCCAGGACCAUGAGGGCCUUUGGAUCCGCGGCUCUGCAUAUGAGCUACGUGGCAGCAGGGCGCCUCGGUGCUUUCUUUGAGGAGGGGCUUAAGAACCACUCGCAUCACAACUCCUCCCAUCUCGCCCCUCCCUCCUCCUCCUUCUUACCCCUUGCUCCCCUUUCCUCCCACUUCCUCCCCCUUCCUCCCGCUUCCCCCCCCUCCCCCCCCGCUUCCUCCCCCUUCCCCCCCCUUCACCCCCCUUCCUCCCCCUUCCUCCCCCUUCCUCCCGCUUCCUCACCCUUCUUCCCCCUUCCUCCUCCUUCCACCUCCUUCCUCUCCUUUCCUCCCCCUUCCUCUCCCUUCCUCCCCCUUCCCCGCAAGCAGGAAGCGGGGGGCGUGGUAACCAGCAUGGCAGGGGAGCCACUCAAGCUGAGUGGGGGGUCUGUUCUGGCAACCAGUGGGGGUCAGCAGCUGCACUCACACAUCCUCUCACUCAUUGCCAAUGAGAAGGCUUGA